AUGGCAGAGAACGAAGACAAAGGAGAGCAACCAGAGCUCCAAGCAGAAUUUCUGCAAUUCGUCGCAUUACAAGAGGAUUCGAGGAUCAAGAUAUCCGACUCGUAUACAGUUCCAUCGCACGCUGCACUUCUCGCGGUAUCCAACAAGUACGGAUUCUGUGUCUAUGCAACACAUCAAGGCUUUGGAUUCGUAUACACUACCGAUAUCGUCGCUGCUUUCAAAAACGUAUCCAAACGACAAGUUGGAACUUUGAGCAACAAGAAGGACUUAAAUGUUUCAAAUGGAAUUGUUCAGUUCGUACGAUUGAGCGCUGAUAGCCUGACUAUUGUCAUUGGAAUUGACUCUGGAAGCAUCCUGCUUUACGAUGUACCAGAGAUUGUCAAGGCUACUGAUGUCAGCACUAUACAACCAUACAGGCAACAUAAAUUUGGUGAUGCAGACUCGAUCCGUGAUGUGAAACCCAAUCCGGAAACAUUUGGAGAUGUGAUUGCAGUCUUGUUACAAGAUGGUACCCUCAAGUCCAUGAAACUGGAUGGAACCAUCGCUGAUUUAAAGCAAAUUGAUGUGACUUCAAUCUCUUGGAGUCCACGAGGCAAACAAUUGGCCUGUGGUCUCAGUUCAGGAGAUCUGGUCUUGAUCACUCCUGAUGGAACCAGUAAGGGGACUGUUGCCAAGCAUCUAGCGUUAGGGUCUUCGCAAGUCAAAGUUCAUGACUUACUAUGGUUUGAGAACUCUGUGUAUGGAAUUAUAUAUGUUUCAAAUGAUGGAGAUAUUACAGUUGCGACCGUAGUGCAAGAGUCAAAGAAAAAGAAUCUGUAUUAUACCUUUCCUGAUCCAACGAUGGCAUUUAUGGCGCCGCGAGAUCCCCACUUUUUUAUGGAUGGUCUCAAGCAUUGGGGCAAUCAUGCUGAACGCAUCAUGAUAUUCGCAAAUGUGUGCUCACCAGAUGUAGGAGUUAUUGGAUGUAAUAGUGAUGGCUCUUGGGCAACCUGGUCACUUGGCGAAACACAUCGUGCCGCCCUCCCUCUCUCAUCUACUAGUGGAACUGAUACUUGGCCUGUGGGCAUGUCUAUUGACAUGUCUUCACAGACAGUCAUAUCAGCCAAAAAUGAAUAUGAACAAGACACUCCACCAGUACCAAUGCUCUUGCUUCUGAACAAUGAAGGUGAGCUGAUGGCAUAUCACAUUAUCAAUACGGAAGCCAUCAAGAAUAAGGAAGCUUGUGAGGGCAUGACAGAGCCUGAGCCUGUCCCAGCUACUCGUCCUUUAACAGGUACUGACGCUAAGCAAGCAGCUUGGGGUCCUCCACCAGGAGCAAAGGCUCCCGUAGCAUCUAAACCUGUUCCAGCAAUACCAGCAGCUUCGUUACCACCAUUGCCAGCAACUCCUAGUAUAUCAUCAUCACUUCCAACGACACAAGUUACAUUGGCCGGACCCAUUCCGUCAUUCGCAGCAUUCCCAAAUCCUGUAGUACCGGUAUCGCCAGUAGCAUCUGCCGUAACUCUUCCAUCAUUCCCGUCGUUUGCAGCAACAACUAAAAACCCAGUAAUGCCAUCAGCAGCAGCAGCAGAGACGACAAAGGCACCAGCAGCACCAGUGUCUUCGUUCAAGUUUCCAACUACUAGUACACCUAUACUGCCAGUGACAAAGUCGCCUGCGUUAUCAGGAGCGAACGUGACUCCACCAGCAUUCACACUCCCAUCGGGUAGUGGAUUCAAAAUUGGUGGUAUUGGUUCAACUCCUAUAACACCUAUACCUGCUCAACCCUUGUUUGGCUUCAAAAUACCUGGUGCGUCGGACAGUGUCAAACCAGCACCAUCGAUGACGUUCCCGUCCAGCUCUACACUGAGUUUCAAUAAAGCACCAGAGGUUAAGGAAACUUCCAAGGCUAUGGAACCAGUAAAGACAUCACAGCCAUCAUUUGGUGUUUUAGAACCCAGAGCUGUAGAAACGAAGCCAUCAGAGCAGACCCCUACUAUGGAGCUUGUUCAAAGCAAGUUUGACGAGUUACAAAAUGUUAUCAAUGGGGAGAUAGGGCGAUUACGUCAACAAUACGAAAGCUUGUCUCUUGCAAUUCAGCAAUCAAAGACUCCUUCGGGAGCGAAUCAAUCAUCACUGGCUGAUGUGUCAGAUUUGAUUGCAAGUACUGGAAACCUGCGAAAUGACCUCGCUCGUCUUCAAGCUGAAGUAGCCAACUCUGACAAGGACAGAGAUGAGUUACGCACUAGGUUAGCAAUAGUGGAAGGCAAACGUGACGAGUCACAGAGGCGUUUGGACCUUAUCAAGAAUCCGUCUUCUGGAACGAUGCUGCCUGUUCGUAAAUUGGGUCCUGAAAUGGAAGAUUUGAGGUUGCAGCUGAGCACCAAGCGUCAGAAUUUGGAACAAGGAGUAAAAGAUGUAUCAGUCUUCUUGGAAGAACAAUCUCCAGACUUUGAUACUAUUUGUCGAACGAUUGAACAUAUCACUCACUCAACCAUUGCCAUUGCUGAAGCUGUUGAUUCAGUAAUGCAACGACUCAAGAGUGUUGGUGCUGAACAAAAGAAACGCUCGCCUCAUAAGACGAGGCCUGCCACGAAACCCAACUCGUUUGGAUUGAUUGACGACGACGACGAUUCGGACUCGGAAUUUGAGUUGGAUGAAGAAGAGAUCACUGGUCGUGAAGAGCAAACAGAAGAUCUUGAGGAUGGAGAUCUAGUAAUUGUGGCUGGGCCCAAAAUGUCUUCUGAAGGUCUAACGACUCUGGAUUUGGCUGACGCGAAGAAUCUACGAGAUCUUGUACGACAGACAUUCGAAGAUCCGAAACGUAGUGUAGUAACUCGAAGGAUAGCAAAAGAAGCACCUCUUGAGAUCUCAGCAUCACUCAAACAGAAAUCAGAUGAGCGAGCUGCCGCAUUUACAAAGACUUUGGAAUCCAAGCCAGUUGUACCAGCAGCACCACCAGUGCCUAGUCUGAUGCAGGAAUCGCCAGAAAAGAAAGCCUUAACCACAAGUAGUGGUGUUAGUAGUAGCAUCACUAGCAUAUUUAGCAGUAAACCGGCAAUACCAGUAAUUGGUUCAUCUACUCAGCUACCUUCAGAGCCAUCAAAGGCACUUGAAGUCAAGCCUGCGCUUAUCUUGGGUAGCAGUGCAACGCGAUCUGAAAUUGAAUUCCCAUCGUUUGGAACAACUAGUACCGAUAAGCAACAGCUUGAUAAAAACGAUGAUAAAAAGGAUAUCGAGAAGAAGGAUGAUAAAAAGCCAUCGACUCCUUCCUUCACAUUCCCUUCCGCUUUUCCAGUUAUGGCACAACCCGCACCACCCAUCUUUAAAUCAACAGCACCUAUUACGAAACCCGCAGAUCUGUUUGGUGCUAUAGAUCCAUCUCCGCCGAAACCAAAAGAUACAUCUCUUGAGAAAUUGGUAUUUGGGGUCAACCCAAAUCCAAUGUUGUCAAGAGAGUAUGAUGAUGAAGAGGAUGAAUAUGAUGAAAACGGAGAUGAAUAUGAUGAAGACGGAGGGGAAUAUGAGGUGGAAGAAGAAGUUGAAGAUGGUGCAGAAGAUGAUGAUGAAGGUGACGACGCUGGUGAAAGUGCUGAAGGCAGUGCCGAAACAGGUUCACAAGAAUGGGUAGAUACGGAUGCUGAUCAAGAGGCAUCAGAAGUUGAAGAUGCCGUAGUAGUUCCAAACAAACGAAGUGCAGUAGAAGCACCAUCUGGACUUGUGCCCCAAACUGGAUUUAACUUUGGGCAAAAGUCAGCCUUUGCAGGCUCAUCCUCUACAGCAUCGCCUAAACCUCAAGCCUCACCGUUUGCGGUGCCAUCUGGUCUACCUGCUCCAUCUUCUUCUGUAGAAUCAAUUAACAUGAAGAAUUUCGCCUUCUCUCCUCCAGCUGGAGGUGGUGGGUUUGUCAUAGAAAACAAAAAGGACAAACCACAACCAUCAACUGAGAAGAAGGCAGAGUCAUCUGCGGCUCCAGUGCCUCAAUUUGGUGGUUUCUCGUUUGUAAAGGCUGCUGACAAACCAAGUGAAGCUGGAACAUCUAGUACGCCUCCAGCUUCUGGGUUUUCGUUUAUAAAACCUCCCGCCGAUAAUAAGACAUCAGAAACGAAACCGCCUGGAAUACCAUUUGGUAAAGCUGAAGAAGGAAAAAGCUCUCGCGUACCUGUAAACUCUACUGGCAGUCCAAUAGGCAAGUCUGGAUUCUCGUUUUUAGGAGCGUCGACUUCAGAGAACAAGAAACCAACAGAUCCUGUUGCAACUGAUAUUGCCAAAGAGAAGGAUGUGAUAGUUGAAAAGUCUCCAUCCCCAGCACCAGCAUCACCAAUCAAACCAUCGACAACAGCAGCUGCUCCAGUAGUAUCAGAAGUCGCAUCAACGACACCCAUAGUUAGCAACGAGAUUAGUCAAGCCGUCUCCCAACCAGUACCUCCUCUCGUUGAUGAAGAAAAUGAUAUGGAGGAAGAAAACCAAGGUCCCGAACCAGUUGCCGUAAAGCCCGCCUCAACAAGCAUUAGUGGAUUUGGUAGCUCAAUAGCAUCUUCUGCUGUAAGCAGCGCAAGUCCGAGUAUAAGUAGCGUAUCGACUGCAGCACCAACAGCAUUUGGUGUCGCAGGCUUCGGUACUUCUGGAUUUGCCGCAACUACAGCUCCAAAACCAGCAUUUGCCAGUAACACCUCGUUUGGUGGUAUGGCAUUUGGAAGUGCAGUAUCUUCAGCACCUUCAUUUGGUAGCGUCACUGCAGAUACGGGUGCUGCAGCAUUAUUUGGCUCAUCAGCUACGAAAGCACCAGCACAAUCAUUUAGCUCAUUCGGUAGUGCUCCUCGCAGUUCAGCCACAGCUUCUACGCGGCGACGUGCACCAGUUCCUGGUCUGGACGAUGAUGAAGAUGCCAUGGAUGAUGACAAAGUGUCAGAUGAUGGUCGUAUGGAGGAUGAUGCACGAGGUAUAGGAGCUACAUUAGGCAAUACUUCAUUCUUUGGCACGAAUAACAGUACUCCCUCUACUAACAAGCCUACAUCUGGAUUUGGAGAUUCUUCAGGUCGUGCACCUGGAAGUGGAAACUUGUUUGGCGGUUCGUCAUUUGGUCAAUCCGCUCAACCAACUGCCCAAAGUGGUGGAGGUUUUGCAGGAUUCGGCAAUACAUCGAGCUCUACAUCAUCUUUUGGUGCUUUUGGAGUAGCAACAGCUCCAUCUGUACAAGCACCCGUAUCGCCAACGCAAGGAUUCAGUUCCUUUGGAGGUAAUCAGACCCAAGGAUUUGCAUCGGUGGCAGCCAAUACUCCUGCCUUUGGUGGGUCAGCUGGUAGUGCUUUUGGUUCAACUGGAUUUGGAUCACAAAGUUCCAGUGCUCCAAAUGCAUCUGCAUUUGGAAAAUCUGGUUUUGGAGCACCAGCUUUCGGAAGUCCUACUCAAUUGAGCGCCAGCGGUCCUGGAUUUGGAUUUGGGUCGAUGGCACCACCUACUGCUAAUCGUUCUCCCUUCGGCGGCUCAUCUGCUAUUUCUGGAGGUGGAUUUGGAAGUACUGGCUUUGGAAAUACCAAUCCUGGUGGAUUCGGUUUAUCCUCGACUGGAGGUGUAUUUGGAGCUCAGCCGCAAUCAUCAGCGCUUGGAGGGACUAGCACCACAUCAGGAUUUGGAGCUUUCGCGAAUACCAAUACUGGGUUUGGAGCUGCAUCUCAGCAACAAACAGGCUUUGGGUCACAGCAACCACCAGGCUUUGGUUCACAACCAACACCAGGCUUUGGAAGCCAGCAAUCUCAACAACCGCAACAAUCAGCAUUUGGUGGCAGUAAACCUCCUCAAUUUACUCAGUAUCGAUAA